AUGGCCUUCCCUGUGCCUCCCCUCCUCCUCCUCCUCCUCCUCACUGCUCUGCUCGUGAUAGCCGUCACGCGGCUGUGGGAUUACGUCUUGGUGCGCCUCGUAUGGAGGCCGUACGCCAUCACCAAGGGGUUCAGAGAGCAAGGGAUCCAUGGACCCUCCUACAGCUUCUUCAAAGGCUGCAACGAGGAGAUCAGGAUCAUGAAGGAGAACACCGACGGUCUCGUGCUGGACGUCGGCGACCACAAGUACCUCCCGCGGAUCGCGCCACACUACCUCAAAUGGAGGGCUCAGUACGGAGAACCAUUUCUGUACUGGUACGGGCCACAGGCCCGAAUUUGCAUAUUUGACUAUGAACUGGCAAGGCAAAUCCUUUCAAGCAAGUCUGGGCAUUUCGUGAAGAACGAUGCGCACCCUACUUUGUUGGCUUUGGUUGGCAAGGGACUCGGGUUUAUGGAAGGCGCUGAUUGGGUGCGCCAUCGCAGGGUAAUCAACCCUGUUUUCACCAUUGAUAAGCUUAAGAUUGUGACAGAAACAAUGCUGGAUUUUGCUCAAAACAUGGCCAGUGAGUUGGAAGCUGAAGCAUCCCGAAACGAGAAGGCAGAAACAAAGGUGGAUAUAAACAAACACUUCAGCGAUCUAACAGUUGACAACAUAGCCUAUGCCAUCUUUGGAAACAGUUACAGGUUAGGUAAACAAGUCUUCGAGGCACAAACUGAGAUGUUGGGGAUCACCAUGGCUACUUUCCUUGACGUGCCCAUACCAGGAUUCAAAUAUCUUCCAACCGAAGCCAAUCGGCGAAAAUGGAUGCUUGAAAGGAAGCUCAAGAGCUUACUCAGGCAGAUCAUACAGCCACGGUUAGCGAGUGGCGAAUACGGAAAUGAUCUGCUGGGUGUGAUGCUUGACUCCAGCACUGAAGCCAAGCAAGGACGGAAGCAAGUGGAUGGUCUCAGCUUGAGCAUGGAGGAGAUCAUACAUGAGUGCAAGCUCUUCUUCUUCGCCGGUCAUGAGAAUACAGCCCUUCUCCUCACUUGGUCAGUGUAUCUGCUCAGUAUAUACCCCGAGUGGCAAGAAAGGCUCCGGAAGGAGGUCUUCAGGGAGUUCGGGAGGGAAGCUCCUAACCCCAAUGCGCUCAACAAAUUGAAAGAGAUGACAAUGGUGUUGUUUGAGACCUUGAGGCUCUACUCGCCUGCCCUCUUCAUGCAAAGGAAGACCUUGGCCGACAUGACCGUGGGGUCGAUAAAGCUGCCCAAAGGCACAGCAAUUGUGAUACCUAUUCCGAUCAUGCAUCGAGACAAGGAUGCUUGGGGCGACGACGCGGACGAGUUCAAUCCGAUGAGAUUUGAGAACGGGAUCUCGGGAGCAGCGAAAGUUCCUCACGGCCUGCUGGCGUUCUCAAUGGGACCAAGGAAUUGUAUCGGCCAGAACUUUUCGAUGCUGGAAGCCAAGUCGACGCUGGCACUGAUGCUCCAGAAAUUCUCCUUCGCUCUCUCCCAUGACUAUAUAGGCUUCAUGUGGACGAUGACAGCAUUUGAUUAG